GUUUUGGGCAGUAUAAGAUACGUGCGCGGCAGUGGUAAACAUCCAGCAAACCAUGGAGCAAGUAGCCCAAAUCAAAGGGAGAGAAAUCAACGAUAUCUUAGUGCCAACACUGAACGCGUUCGUCCCCAUCCUCGAAUCCAAACGCGCGUCAAUCGAACAGACAACGCGAGAGACACACCAAUACGAUCCAACCGACCGGCACAUGCUCGACGUGUACUACCCUCCCACUCCGCGUCCCGACACCCCGAUCCUCAUCUUCUCAUAUGGCGGCGGGUUCUACAUAGGUGCACGGAUGCUCCCCGCUCCCGCCUCCAUAAUCUACCACAACCUCGGCUCUUUCUUCGCCUCCCGCGGAUUCCUCACCGUCGUCCCCGACUACCGCCUGGUCGACUCUGGUGUCAAAUUCCCUGGCGCAGCGCAGGACGUGGGGGACGCCAUUCAGUGGGUUGUGGAUAACCUUCCCUUCCCCGAUUCUGAUAUCUAUGUCCUCGGCCACUCGGCGGGGGCGAUGAACAUGUUCACUAUCCUUAAUCUCCCGGAGCUGUACUCCCCCACCUUGAAUCCCCGUAUCAAGGGUGCAGUCCUCCUCUCCGGACCGCUGUACUACGGGAAAGAUGACAAGGCGAAAGAGAGGGUACCGUUGGCGUUGUUAGAAUCAGCGAGUGCCAUACCGACUCCGAGACUCUUGCUAGGUAUCGGCGAGAGAGACAUUCCCUGCCUGCACCCCGCUAUGGAGAAAUUCGGCGAGGCUUUGAGGGUGUCAUACGACGAGUUUGUGGCCAAAGGGCAUAAUCACCUCAGCUUAGUUUUCGCGCUUGGGACUGGACAGGGCGAGGAAUGGGCAGAGGAUGUGGUCAAGUGGAUUCAUGCAUGCAGCAUGCAUAUGCAUAAAAACAAUCCGAAAAAACCAAACUAUCAUCUCUUGAUGGGGGUCGAACCCAGCGCCAGUCGGGUAACCAGUACACGGCUUGAAGUAAUUUUGUACCGACGCAUACAUCCAUGUCCCGAACCAAGAAAAGAUGCUCGGGAAGAAUCUAACUGGGCGGGUUUAUUGGCUGCAAAAACAAUCAUAUCAUCUCUGGAUCUGGGAGUGGAACACAGCGCUAGUCGGGUAACCAAUAAGCGGCAAGUCAACUAG